AUUAUUAUUUUUUUCUGUUGUCUUUUCUGAAGAAUUGUCAACGUCAUGCUCAAUUAAAAAUGAUGGCUCAUAUAUGACAUUUUCAACUUGAAACAGAGCUGCUUUUGUGAAAUAGAUUGAGGGGUUAUCUUUGACUUGAUUGAACUGAUUGAUUACUAUUUGCAGCUGAGCAUAUUUCUCUUAUUGGUAAAUUGUACAAAGCACAAAGCAGUUUUCUGCAUAUAGUUUCUUGUUUCUACACUUCACUGUAUGUGGUGUUAAUCUGUUGUUAAUGACAUUCAAGAACUUAAAAGUAGGAUUCAAGCCUGAACUUGGUUCUUUGAAGUAUUACAAUGGUUUGUCACAUGGAUGUGAAAUAGCUCCUUGCCAGUACAAUACAUAAGUGCCCAAUUUUGGAGUUCAGAAUAAUACAUAUGAAUUUUCUCUGUUUUACAAUCUUUAUAAUCUUUUUAUGGAAAUCUGUACCCAUGCAUUGUUGGGGAAACUGAAAAAUGGUUUCAAAGACUUUUGGUUCUUCUUCUCAGGUAUGAAACUUCAAGUUCUUGUUCUGUUAUUUAUUUAUUAUUUUAAAUUUCUAUAGUUUGCUGACAUAUCAUGUUGUCCAACCACCAGAUUUUCACAAGUGCCUUUCCUGUUCAUUAUAGUCCUCCAAAUGGUUUCCAUUUUGAAGUCAAUGAUGAAUCUUCACCUAUACAGGCAAAUGUGACACGUACAAAUCACAUCAUGUGGACAAUGGGUGAUGAUUUUCAGUACCAAUAUGCUGAAUCUUGGUUCAAACAAAUGGACAAGUUUAUCCAUUAUGUUAACAAGGCAGUUAUCUGUUUGGAUGGUGAUGGUUGCAAGUUAAGAACUGGACUGGUGAAAAUUGAGGAAGGUUUUACUCUUGACACGUUAAUUGCUUAUGAUUCAUGUGAUCUUUGGCAAGUACAUUUCUUUGACAAAGCUUCCUAGAAACCAAACUAAUGAUAAUUGCCAACUCUUAAACUCACUGACACACGUGCCCUUAACAGCAAGAUGACUCUCAUGCACCAUCUCUGCAAGGUAACACCUUUCAUCCAAAGUGAUGCUUUUUCUUCCACUAGGCUAUUAGGCAGCAGUCUUUGAAAUAUAAUGUGAACAAUUAGUCUUUUCUUUCAGUUUCUGCUGGCAUGUACAUGUACAUUUUCACAUACAUGUCUACUUAUUUGGGCUGUCUAUGAAAUAUAAUGCCAACAAUUAGUAUUUCAUUUCAGUUUCAGCUGGUAUAUGCUUAUUAGAUGUUGUGAACAAAAGCAGAGUUCGUCAUCAUUGUUCUUCUAUACUAUGAUUAGUUUUUUUUUUUUUUUUAGGGUGCAGCUACAUGCAGAAAGAAAGAGAGUCGGGUUUUAAUAGUGAGCAACAAUGCCCACUUUUUCCUAUGUUGUGGCCCACUCGAGCUUUAGAUCAGCCUUAUUUUUUGGGCUGACACUGUAA